GCGUAAGAAAGGCCGAGCGGAGCAGAGACGUUUCCGUUAUCCUCUUAAUUUCUCUCUCUAGAAGUUAGCUCUCUUUCUCUCCUCGAGAAUUAGGGAUUUUUGUUUUGGGAGAACCUCUGCGUAAAUUCAAACCCGACUCUCAAUCCGACUGUCUCAGCCAUGGUUUCCGACUCGAUCACUACCGCUUCGAUUCCACCAGCCCAAAACGCCAGGGAUUUUGGCAAGAAGAAAAGGGCCCACAGGUCAGCCAAAUUGAAGCAGUGCAAGCUCGACGCUCGUCGCGAGCAAUGGCUUUCUCAAUCAAAGAACAAGGGAUGCAAGGAUGAAAACAACGGCGGCGUUCAGCGCCUCAAUGGGGGCAACCGGUCGUUGGAGGAUUUAGAGAUGAAUUCCAGAGGCGAAGAGAUGGAUGGAUCGAUUCGUCAAUACAGCGAUUUGGAUUCGCCGUCGAACAGUCCCAUCAGCGAGAUUGGUAGCGUAUUAGGCGCUGCCGACUCGGGAACAAACUUCACUGGCAGUAGCAGCAGUGGCAGCAGUAGCAGUGGUGGUAGCUGUUCCGGGUGCAUUACAGAAGAUGAGGAAGGAGGAGGGGAAGAUGAUGGGUGUUUGGACGAUUGGGAGGCCGUGGCAGAUGCUUUAGCGGCUGACGAGGACUGCAAGGGCCAAAGCCAAAACCCGUGUUCCGAAUCUCCUCCUCAGGGGGACUCCGUUGGUCAAGUGGUUUCUCCCAGCCAAGUGACGGAUAACAGCAUGGGCUUAGGAGGGGGGAUUCCGAAGCCGGAGUGUCCGAAAACGGUUCCUGGGGCAUGGGGGAACAGCCGGGCAUGGAGGCCUGACGAUGCAUUUCGACCUGAGAGUUUGCCCAAUUUGUCUAAGCAGCAAAGCUUGCCUAAUCCGCACCGGCAUUAUAGCGGAGGGAUCGCGUGGGCUUGUAACAGUGCGGUGCCUGCACCGUCUUCGUGUCCUGUAUGCUAUGAGGAUUUGGAUUUCACGGACUCGAGCUUUUUACCUUGCUUGUGCGGGUUUCGGCUCUGCCUUUUCUGCCACAAGAGGAUUAUUGAGGAGGAUGGUCGCUGCCCUGGCUGCAGGAAGCCGUAUGAGAAUCCUGUCGAAGUGGAGGCAAGUGUUAAUGAGGGCAGUCUGACAUUCCGGCUGGCUCGUUCUUGCAGCAUGAUCACAAGGUCUUAGAAGAGUCUCUAUUUUCGUCAAUUAUGUAUGUCGGGUCUUUCUCUACGUGUUUUGUGUGUUCUUAGACUCUGUUUCGUUUCUUUUUCUCCGUAGAGGUAGAUGUUGGCAUAGGGUUUUUGAGCACCCGGGAAUUAAGCUACUUCUCUUAUGAGUUCCGUUGUUAUAUGUACGGUGCAUUCGUUGGUGUAGAGGGCCUAGCUUGGUAUGUGAAUACAUAAGGUGGUAUAGAAAUUCAAUACAUAACAGAUUAUUACAAUAUGAUUUGGUCUUUUUUCUGCA